GGCAUUAUUGAAGAUAAUUAUAGCUAUCUUCAAGACCUUGCACAAGCUAUUUUUACAAUUAUACCCUUGCAAGCAAAUUUCUAUGGAAAGGAUUUAUCAAAAGAUGAUUUACAUGAUAGUGCACUAAAUCUAACAGCUUAUAUAAUAAAUGAAAGUCAUAAAUUAAUUAUUAAAGAAAAUGAAGAAAAUUCUAUAGUGUAUAAUCAAUUAAAUAAUGAAAAACUUGAGAUUGGAUCAGUUGUUGAUUUAUCUGAUACAACUUUUGGCAGACAAGAUAAUGCUGAAGAAACUUUAACAGUUAUACAGAGAAGUAGUAAUAUGGAUUUUGAUCCAGCUGCUAUAGUAGAAGAUGAAUUUCAAUUAAAUCAUAUAUAUUAA